CUGAAUGCUACGAUCGAUCUGUCUAUCUCUGGUUACUACUCUCCCCACCGUCCAUGAUCCCCGGAUUCCGCCGUCAACCCUCCCGUCUAUCUGUCAGUUUCAAUGUGGGGGAUGCCUUUUCCGUCAAGUGAAUUUGGUCUUGUUGACGGUGUUUCGUAUCCUAGACCUCCAGACAUUCGCCCGUACUCUCCCGGCACCAUCGACCGUUGAUACUAGCCUUCGCAACCACCGUCCCGUAUAGCUAGCUAGCUUCCUAUCUUCUGGUGAUUGGUAUCGCUGGAAUCUCUUGAAGGCAUAUUGUUAUCGCAUUCCUGACAGGGCAUUAUUCUCUUUCCCUGCAUCCGCUUUGCCGGUCAAGGCAUGUUGGCACUGUCUUUCGGCGCUGCUCUCAUUCAA